UCGGUCCGAGUGUGCGAAGAAGUUGCGCAAGACAAUCCUUGUACUGAAUGAGGAUGUGUCUUCUGACUCAGGUGCUGACGGUGUACAAAAGAACUAGCAGGCAAACGAGUCGUACCAUUGUCGACCCUCUUCCGCUGCGGGUGGAUGCUUCAUCUAGCAGUUUCAGGUGAGUGGUAUUGCCUGAGUCUCCAGCUCCUGGUGCAGACAUGAGUGAGGUUAUACAACUUGCUACUCUGGGCCGUCCUUUCCAGUUGGGAAUGCUGUACGACUGCCGGUCAGAUGUUCUGAUCCCAGGUAUCACAUUGUGGGAUUUACAGACACUCCAAAGCAAUGUUGGCACUCGCGAUCAGCCCAGCACUGAGUUUCAGAUCAUUGCAUCUGAUGCCAUGGAUGAGAAAGCCUCUGCACUUAAUGUGUCUGGAUCUAUGAAAGUCAGUCUCAUGUGUGGGCUAGUGGAAGUGAAAGGAUCUGCAAAAUACCUCAACGACACAAAGGGAUCAAAGCAACAAGCGCGAGUUACCCUUCAGUAUAAAACAACCACCAGGUUUGAACAACUGACAAUGAGUCACUUAGGGAGGCAGAAUAUCACCUAUCCGAGUGUGUUUGAUGAGGGGUCAGCAACCCAUGUCAUUACAGCAGUGCUCUAUGGGGCCCAGGCUUUCUUUGUGUUUGAUCGAAUGGUUUCCUCAGCAGAAAAAUUGCAGGAUAUCCAGGGUAAUAUGGAGUCAGCUAUUAAACGUCUCCCUAAGAUUGCGAUUGAGGGUGAGGCCUCCUUAAAAAUGACAGAAGAACAAAAAUCAAAUGCUGAGAAAUUUAGCUGCACCUUUUAUGGGGAUUUCUCUCUGAAGAACAAUCCCACCACAUUCCAAGAUGCCAUCAGCAUCUAUGCAACACUUCCAAGCUUACUGGGACCAGACGGGGAGCAUGCAGUGCCCAUGACAGUCUGGCUUUAUCCUCUCAAUAAACUAGACUCGACUGCUGUUCAACUGGUGAGAGAGAUAAGUGUGGGAUUGCUCACUCGCUGCCAGCAUGCCCUAGAACAGCUCAGUGAGGCAGUGAUGAGAUGUAACGACAUGCAGAAAGAAAGAGUUGCCAGUAAGUUUCCCGAGGUCAGGGACAGGAUAGUAAAAUUCCGAGAGUUGUGUCAGGAAUGCAAACUAGUUUUCCAGAAGACUUUAGCGAAAGAUCUUCCAAUCAUCCGGGGCGGUGCGGGUGAGGAAGAGUUACUGGUGGAUAUACUGAAAAAAAAGAAAGAGUCACCUCUCAGACACCAGUUGCUGAUCACAUGGCUGGAUGACAAGGAAAGAGAGCUGAAGGUAUUGGGGCAUUAUCUGAGGAUAUUCGAUGACAUAUCUUCUGUGAAAAUUGUACAUGAUUUGGAGGAUGAAUUGAUGGAUUGCGCAAUGGACUACGUGGUUUGCUUUGCCUUUACAACGCUGCAUCAGGAGGAUACCUAUCUGUCAGAGGCAAUCAAUUACCUCCAAUCAAACGCAAUUCCAAAGAUGCGAACACCAAUUCCUGCUGAUGGAGACUACCGAACCCAUCGUGGCGAGCAGUGGUUUCAUUCAGAAGUUGUAAAACGAAAGAUGAAGGAACAAUCUCAGCUAUUCCUUGAUUUUGCCACGGCCAACAAAUCACAUGGGAACAUAAAAUUCCUUGUUGCUUCUGUGAAGGAUGAUAGCCACAUAGGAACAUCGAUUUACUUGUAUGAGGGUCCGUGUAUAAAGAACCGAUGCUUUGAACCCCCAUCACAGCCCCCAAGAGCUGUGGCUAGUGGAACAACACAUGACAGCGUGACACUGCAGAUACACCCUCCUAGAUAUGGUACGAGUGAGAUUGUGGGUUACAAGAUAGAGUACAAAGCUACCCAGCAGGAGGAAUGGACAACUGUGGAUACACAUGAUAAAUCUGAGUCUUUUACAAUAUCUGGGUUACAACCACAUCAGGAAUAUUAUUUCCAAUACAGAGCAGUGACCAAGGUAGGGGUUAGCAAGGCCAGUGAUAGCUAUAGGCAAAUUACACUUCCUACAAGUUCACCUGGUAAACUGGUCUUCGAGGAUUGUUCAUCCUUUGCAAAACUCUCCUGGGAUAGCCCAAGUUGUAUUGGAGCUGGUGUUAAAAUAGUUCAGUACAGGAUUGAGUAUAGAGAAGAAACAGCUCUUACCUCGAACACAGAGGCUCCACUGUGGAUGGAAGUAAAGCCGACAGAGAGUGAAUGUCGCUAUAAUUUAAUGGGACUGCAACCUCGGACAGAUUACAGGGUCCGAGUGUCUGCUGACUGUGGAGAAGCAGGUUCGAGUGUCCCAAGUGAAGAGAUUUUAAUAAAAAUAGGAGAAACAACAAAGGAAAUACCCCAGACUCUUCACACAGAAGGCCAAUUAUUAUCUACAGGAAACCCUUCCAUUUACAUGGUAAACCUGCAGAAGGAGGUCUUUAAUGAGUCAAAGCAUCUUGUGAACUGUUUCUUUGGAAAACCCAGCAUAGGAGAAAGAAUGAAGACAAUUAUGGUUAUGGGAGCUACAGGGUCAGGAAAGACAACUCUUAUUAAUGGGAUGAUUAAUUACAUCUUGGGUGUGGAAUGGGGUGAUAACUUCAGAUACAGGUUAAUACAGGAAGAGACAGGAAAGUCCCAAGCUGAAAGUCAGACAUCCUCCAUCACUGCAUACAACCUACACCAUCAGGUGGGAUUUAAAAUCGAUUACUCGUUGACAAUAAUUGAUACGCCAGGAUUCGGGGAUACCAGGGGGAUAAGCCGAGAUAAACUGAUUACUGACAACAUUCGCGAGUUUUUCACCUCCCCACAGGGGGUUGAUCAGAUUGAUGCUGUGUGUUUUGUUGCUCAAGCCUCUUUGGCUCGCCUGACUCAAACACAGAAAUAUGUCUUUGAUUCAAUUCUUUCUGUUUUUGGCAAAGAUAUUGCAGAGAACAUUCAGAUAUUGGUGACAUUCGCAGAUGGAAAGCGUCCUCCUGUUCUGGAGGCUUUGAAGGUAGCUGAGGUACCAUGUCCCAAAGAUAAAAAUGGUAUGCCAAUUCACUUCAAGUUUAACAAUUCUGUCAUAUUUGCCCAACGUCCAGUAUCUGGAAAUGCUGCCAAAAAGAGGAGCUCUGAUGACAGUGGGGAAGAAGAAGAGGAUGAUGAUAACUUUGAUGCAAUGUUCUGGAAGAUGGGAACUAACAGUAUGAAGAAAUUCUUUAGAGCUCUCGACACAAUGGAGCCAAAAAGUUUAGUUUUGACCAAAGAAGUUUUGAGGGAACGUAACCAGUUGGAAGCUACAAUGAAGGGUUUGCAGAAUCAGAUUCAAGUUGGACUGACCAAAUUGGAGGAACUUAAGAAAACACAACAGGUUCUGGAGCAGCAUCAGAACAAGCUGGAUGAAAAUAAAGACUUUGAGUUUGAAGUUGAGGUCACAUAUACAAUAAGGAAGGAUCUUGAACGUAAUGCUUCAACAGUAAACGUUUGUAAGAAAUGUGAAUUUAAUUGCCAUGAUCCCUGUACUUAUGCUGCAUAUAUUUUAAAAUAUUGGUGUGUAUCAAUGGAUAAAUGGGGCAAUUGUAAAGUCUGUCCUAAUAAAUGUGGCAUGGGUCACCACUCAAGGGAAAGGUACAAGUAUGUCUAUGAAAAAGUAAAGAAGAAGAAGACAUUAGGUGACAUAAAGAAAAAGUACGAGAAGGCCUGUGGUGAGAAGAUAACACAGGAGAAGAUCAUGGAAGAGCUUAAGCAGGAGUUUGAAGGGGUUCAGAAUGCAGUGCUGGAGUUGAUUGUACAAUUAUCUCAGAGUAUUAGAAGACUUGAAGAAGUAGCUCUGAGACCAAAUCCUCUUUCCACCCCAGCUUACAUUGACCUCCUGAUUCAGUCUGAGAAAGAUGAAGGGAAACCUGGGUACAUGGAGCGAAUUCAGUCACUGACAAUGGUCAAAGAGCAGGCAGUGUUAAUGGAACAGGUCAUCAGCAAUGGCAAGCAGUCAUCAGAGGAUAUGAGACAAGAUCUACUGACAGGAAAGAAAGAUGUUCGGCAAUUGAUCAAAAGCAAAUGUUCUAAAUUUUCUGAUUGGCUGCUUGGUGAUAAGUAACUGGCAUACAUUUCAGCUAUUUCUAAUGUGGGGAGACAAAGCUUUAUCUAGGUGAUUUAAAAAACUGCUUAUUAUAUAUUCCCUCCAUUUCGUUCCCCAUCUGCCCUCAGUGUUUAAUGGCGCAUCAUCCAUCCACAGUGCUGGCUUCCUUCAACCAGCCUGGUGUGUCAUCCAGGUAGAGUCAUCACCAGAGGCUCUUCUGAGGCUAGCUGACAUGAACUGUUUCCUAUCUGUGUCCAUACCUUGGAGGCAAACCUUCCCAACAUCAAUGCUUUCCUUUGUCACAGGGUGUCCCAAGAUGUAUGUCCUUACUUCCUUCCUCAAUUCCCACUCUCUCUAUCCUGUCAGAUGACUCAUUCCUCCAUCCAUACAGGAUGACUGGAAAACUUCUCCCAAGUGAUGUCAAAGAACAUAGAAGGGCAUUCAGUCCACUGACCCAAUGUUGGCUUUCAAAGCAACCCAUUUCCCUGAUAUCCUUGUCAUCUUCUCUUGGUCAAAUGCCAAACAACCCACUCAUUCACGUGUAAUGGAAGGUGAAUACAGCUGCAGAUGUUGAAAAUAUGAAAUAAAUACAGAAGAGUUUGGAACCCCUCAGUGGGUCAGACAGCAUAAAUGAGAGUAAAAUAGUUCAUGUUUCAGAUCUAUGAUCUUCAUCAGAACUUUCAGAGGCAUUGUUUUGAGUAUCUCAGCAUGAGAACAAAUGCAGCAGAGAAGUAGGUUAAAGUGAACAGCCCAGACCCGGUCUUUAACAGUUUCUUUCUUUACAAAUGCUGCGUGACAGAGUGCUCUCAGCACUUCCUGUACUUACAGUAAUUCUCCCAUCAAUCACAUUCAUGGAGUGUGGAUGGGGCAAUAGGUAUCUGACGGAGAGAUUUACAAUAACCAAUUAAUUGAUUGACCUUUAAGAUAGUCUAAAAGUUAUAAAUAUAAAUGUGAAACAGGAACAUAGUGGUUUGGUGUACAGAUGCUUCAAAAUUUGGAAAUGGUAGAUCAGAAUCAAUCAGAUUUUAAUGGAAACUCAGGUUAAAUCUCGAUGUGAAAACCUGCACAUGUUGAAAGUCUGAAACAAAGAGACAUUAACCAACUCAUAACAUGAUUUCCACCUGCUCAAAACCAGCAGAAUUUAAGAUUGAUCAGUGGUGUGAACUUUACCCAGAGCUGCACUCCAGGGAACUCUCUGUUCCUGCAGCUCGCACCAAUGGUACAGGACAACUGGACAUUGGCCAACAGCCAUGGAACUCAGCAGGGAUGAAUGGUCAUAAAUGUGGUAAAUAUCUGGAAUGGUAGGAGUUCACCCGAAACCAUUGACUGGAGUGAAUAUUUCCAUUCAGACACAUCUAUCCCCUGAACCUCACAGAAACUUUGAUGACCCAAUCUAGAAGGAAGAAUCUGACCCCACAAGGUAUGAGGGCAUCCAUUACUGACUUCACAGGAAUCCUCAACGACUUUGUUUUGUGUGCAGUAGAUUGUUCUGGCAAUGGAGAAUAUCCGUGCCUUCAAGUAUUUCUGAAGGAUUCAGUCCUUCCACUUGGAUGUUCGAUGUCAUGAAUCAGUCUCUCAGCCACUCUGCACUCAUUGCAGAAGUCCACACAUCUGUGUUCUCUCUCUUUGCUCUUUAGGAUCUGCUCUAGCUUCUUCCUCCAACAUCUGUCCGGGGAGCUGGAGAGAAAUGUACUCCCUCAGAAGGUCAAUUAGAAAAGUUCCCAACCCCUCAUGCCUUAAGGGCAAAUACAGAGGAUGUAUCGAUCACACCAGGAAUUGACAGUGAUGGUUACUCAGUCAAACUUCUCACCUCGCAAUCAAAUUUUGCAUUGAUGUCAUUAUCACACUCAGGAGGACAAAUGGAAUAGGACAUGAGUUGAAUGAGCAACCUCCUUCCCACUCCCUAUCCUGACCAUUGGGGAAAACACCUUUGACUGCUGGGCACCGUUAACUGAGGAAUAAAGAGAGAAUUCCCGUAGGCAAUCUCUAUAGAGGACAUGCCUCAAGGGAAGGAUAGUCAUUGGACCUGAUGUACACUUGAGAAACAUUUGCAAAAGGAUCGUUAAGGUAUCAGACAUCAAAAUGCAGCUGGGAGUCAAGUGUUCAGUCUUGCACUCGUUAGGAUGUGAUUCAAUUUAGAGCAGGUUCCACUGUAGUGUUUACAAAGAGCUGUGAAAAUAUGAAGAAAUGCACAGAAAAUUUGGGAUCAGAUGGACAGCUCUUGUACAGACUGGCUGGACUUAAUGGCCUCUCCCUAUGCUCAGACCCUUCAGAACACAUUCUCAAUCUCUGUAUUUUAUUUCACCAGGCAGUGAGCUUCCAUUAGUGAGCCCUCAUUGAAUCUCUCAAAAUUGUAAAUCAGAAGAUUUGAUGAGGUAUAGCUUGAUGCAUUCCUGACCAUUUGCUCACUUAGGAUGGAGGCAGAGUGUCCGUAGCCUAGCUCACAAUGGGAGUGAGAGUUACUGCCUCGUAGUGCUGUGGUGGCAGCAGCCUAGCCUGUAUUUUGUAUAUUGGAAUGGAGAAGGGCAGAGCUUGCCCUGAGGCACUUGCUGCAUUGCGCCCCCACAACCAACCAAGGAGAUCAAAGCUGCUGUCCUCAAAAACUUGCGAUAAAGGCCUCUAGGGAUGCAGGAAAACCACCGCGUAUACUCUUUAUCAGAAGCCCUUGUUAUGCGACCACUGAUGCCAGGCAGACAAUCUCUAAAGGGAAUUGAUAAUGUCUCGGGUCACCCGUUUUAUAAAAACACUGCCCAGAAGAAAGCAAUGGCACACCACUUUUGUGUAAAAAAUUGUCAAAAACUAUCAUGGUCAUGGAAAGACUUUGAUCACCCACGUGAUACGACGCUCAAUGAAACAAACGGAAUACUCUGUAUUAAGUCUGCCAGUACAGAAACAGGCCCCUGUCUGUGUCUAUGCUUGCAAACUAUUACCUCUAUUGAUGUCAUUGUAUAGCAUUUGGCACGUAGUCUUCUGCACUUUGGCAUUUCAAGUAUUUGAAGUGCUCAUCUAAAUUCCUCGUAAGUGCGAGAUUCUCUGCCUCCAAGAUCCCUUCUGGCAGUUUGUUCCAGGUUUCAGCCACCAUCUGUUUCGAAAGGUUCUUCCUUAAACCCCUCUAAAUUUUCUACUUCUCUGCAAUCUUUUACUGUGUGAGGGUCCUUACCUUUAAUGUGAGCCAGCGAAUCUUGUAGGGGGCUUUUAAGAAAAGGUUGUUAAUACAUACCCCAUCGCCUCUCCUCAGAAAAUGUAUUACUCAAUCAGGAGCCCGCUGGAGCAUCGUUUUUCCCAACAGAAACAAAGGCUAUGCUGUCUCUCCUCAGGACUGAAAUGCUACAGAUUCCAGCCAGUAUACUUGCGACUCUGCUCUGCAUUCCGUCCCAUACAAUUGCAUCCUCCCUGCUGCGUGAAACCUAGAACUACACACAAUAAUCCAGCUGCUUCUUGAUAGAUGUUGUAUAAACUGUACUGUAACCACUCCUUACUGAGAAUCUAUGACAUGGAGUAUAAAGGCAAGAAUCCCCUUUGGCUUCUCUGCUACCUCUGAUGGGGCCGUCGGGUCACAAGCCUCUAAACAGAAACUGAAUGUUUCGUCCAAUCAAGAUGGCGCCAGCCAACAACGAUUCAUAGAAACAUAGAAACAUAGAAAAUAGGUGCAGGAGUAGGCCAUUUGGCCCUUCGAGCCUGCGUCGCCAUUUAUUAUGAUCAUGGCUGAUCAUCCAACUCAGAACCCCGCCCCAGCCUUCCCUCCAUACCCCCUUGACCCCCGUAGCCACAAGGGCCAUAUCUAACUCCCUCUUAAACAUAGCCAAUGAACUGGCCUCAACUGUUUCCUGUGGCAGAGAAUUCCACAGAUUCACCACUCUCUGUGUGAAGAAGUUUUUCCUAAUCUCGGUCCUAAAAGGCUUCCCCUCUAUCCUCAAACUGUGACCCCUCGUUCUGGACUUCCCCAACAUCGGGAACAAUCUUCCUGCAUCUAGCCUGUCCAAUCCCUUUAGGAUCUUAUACGUUUCAAUCAGAUCCCCCCCUCAAUCUUCUAAAUUCCAACGAGUACAAGCCCAGUUCAUCCAGUCUUUCUUCAUAUGAAAGUCCUGCCAUCCCAGGAAUCAAUCUGGUGAACCUUCUUUGUACUCCCUCUAAGGCAAGGAUGUCUUUCCUCAGAUUAGGGGACCAAAACUGCACACAAUACUCCAGGUGUGGUCUCACCAAGGCCUUGUACAACUGCAGUAGUACCUCCCUGCUCCUGUACUCGAAUCCUCUUGCUAUAAAUGCCAGCAUACCAUUCGCCUUUUUCACCGCCUGCUGUACCUGCAUGCCCACUUUCAAUGACUGGUGUAUAAUGACACCCAGGUCUCGUUGCACCUCCCCUUUUCCUAAUCGGCCACCAUUCAGAUAAUAAUCUGUUUUCCUAUUUUUGCCACCAAAGUGGAUAACUUCACAUUUAUCCACAUUAAAUUGCAUCUGCCAUGAAUUUGCCCACUCACCUAACCUAUCCAAGUCACCCUGCAUCCUCUUAGCAUCCUCCUCACAGCUAACACUGCCACCCAGCUUCGUGUCAUCUGCAAACUUGGAGAUGCUGCAUUUAAUUCCCUCAUCCAAUCAUUAAUAUAUAUUGUAAACAACUGGGGUCCCAGCACUGAGCCUUGCGGUACCCCACUAGUCACCGCCUGCCGUUCUGAAAAGGUCCCGUUUAUUCCCACUAUUUGCUUCCUGUCUGCUAACCAAUUCUCCACCCACACCAAUACCUUACCCCCAAUACCGUGUGCUUUAAGUUUGCACACUAAUCUCCUGUGUGGGACCUUAUCAAAAGCCUUUUGAAAAUCCAAAUAUACCACAUCCACUGGUUCUUCCCUAUCCACUCUACUAGUUACAUCCUCAAAAAAUUCUAUGAGAUUCGUCAGACAUGAUUUUCCUUUCACAAAUCCAUGCUGACUUUGUCUGAUCAUUUCACUGCUUUCCAAAUGCGCUGUUAUCACAUCCUUGAUAACUGACUCCAGCAGUUUCUCCACCACCGACGUUAGGCUAACCGGUCUAUAAUUCCCCGGUUUCUCUCUCCCUCCUUUUUUAAAAAGUGGAGUUACAUUAGCCACCCUCCAAUCCUCAGGAACUAGUCCAGAAUCUAACGAGUUUUGAAAAAUUAUCACUAAUGCAUCCACUAUUUCUAGGGCUACUUCCUUAAGCACUCUAGGAUGCAGACCAUCUGGCCCUGGCGAUUUAUCUGCCUUCAAUCCCUUCAAUUUACCUAACACCACUUCCCUACUAACAUGUAUUUCGCUCAGUUCCUCCAUCUCACUGGACCCUCUGUCCCCUACUAUUUCUGGAAGAUUAUUUAUGUCCUCCUUAGUGAAGACAGAACCAAAGUAAUUGUUCAAUUGGUCUGCCAUGUCCUUGCUCCCCAUAAUCAAUUCACCUGUUUCUGUCUGCAGG